AUGGGGAACAAGAUGCAGAGCAUGUACGGAGUACUUAGAGUAGAGCUGGCCGAAAGGGUUGAUUUGAUGAUGAUGAUGAGUGAGAGACUCGACAUGCAGAGUUGGUACGAUGCGAGGCUUGCGGAGCUUCGGCAUGCGCUGUGGAUAAUUAAGAGUAGCGAUUAUUGGGGAGACCAGGAGGCUUGUGGUCUUGGUGGUGCGCUUCGAAGCUUGGUCAUGAUGAUGAUAGCCCUCUUGACACGAAUCAACAACAACCAAAAAGAAAGAAGUCGAUCUGUUUCCCUUGGGGCUUGGUUGUCCUUGCUUGCGUAG